CGAGGCAUCGAAGGGCCUAUUUUGGGAAACCAGAUAUCCAACACUAGGUAUAGAUCUUGGGGAUACACAUAGGUAGCUAACAAUGCCCUCAGAUUUGAGCUUCUUUUCCUCGACCGCCCCCCAGCCCGCCAUCAUCCCGCAGGCCGUCGUCGACCUCGCGCCCUCAGUGCAGAUCCGCUACAUCGGGUCGGUGCGCGCGGGCGAGCCGAUCCAGCUGACGGCGAACAUGUCAAUCACGGCGACGAACCACUACAGCGACCCCGAGGUGGCGCCGGGCCAGCUCGACAUCGUGCUGAUCCCCGGCCCGGACCCCUUCGUGCCCGUCAAGCCGGGCAUGGUCGAGUGGCUGCGCGCGCAGGGCGCGGUGCCGGGAACCGACAUCCUGAGCGUGUGCACGGGUAUUUUUGUUUGUGGCGACGCCGGCCUGCUGAAGGGACGGGAGGUGUGCGGGCCCCGCGGGCUCCAGGAUAUGAUUCGCGCGAGGGGGUAUGGAGAGAAGGCGCUGGUGGGCGACAAGUAUCGGUGGACUCAGGAUGGGAAUCUGUGGAGCAGUGGCGGCGUAACCAAUGGCAACGACCUCGUGGCAGCCUACUGCCGAGCCUCCCCCAAGUUCCCGAGCGAGAUCGUGGAGAUCACGUGUGAGAACAUUGACGUGGGUGAUCGUCCCCGCGAGUAUACCAAUGGUAAGUCAGGCCUUUUUUCCAGCACCUACCUAGCUAGCUAUUUAAGAUGUUUGAUGUGUUUUGUGCCUGGCUAAUGUGGUUGCCCUUCCUCCUGGGGGGUGGUGCGCAGAAUUGACAUUUCCGGAGAUAAUUAAGAAAAUUGUCGAGGCUGCUGCUAGCAAGGCUACCUAGGUACUGUAUCUUAGGAUGACAAUUGAGAUUUGGUUAUUUGCGAGAAGUGGGUGGCGAUAAUGAAGGAUGGUGAUCAUCGAUGAUGGGACUCCUCCGCUCAAUGACAUAGAC